CAGGUGGUAUCUUCCCUGAAUACCAAGGAUCUUUCUCAGUUGGUACUCGUAUCAAAAGACUACUAUUCAUUUUUCAUCUCCUUUCUCUAUGACCAAGUAGUCCUUCCUCUCAAUGCUUAUUGGGACAGCGGAUACAGACUCGUAGGGGGGAGCCACAAGAAUCCCGUGCGGCGAUUCUGCCAGGCGAUGAUCGAAAAUCCACGCCUCGCGCCCUUGAUUCGGUCCUUGACUCUGUACCCAAGUCAUUGUGAGAAGUGGAGGACGCGUGCUGCACUCCCGGCCGUGCCGGAGGCGAAACUUCGCGCGUUGAUGCUGCCGUACGGCGAUGCCAAACGCAAGCAUCGCCGCAAGUACCGCGCAUGGCGCAGAGAUCUCCGGCCUGAUCAAGAACGAGAAGACGACUACCGACAGCCGUGGAACUACGAAGAUGCCUGGCUGGCAUUGCUGUUGGUUCAGGUCCGCCAUCUCGAGCAAGUGGCCAUCCGCGUGCCGGAGGAACACAUGCAGUUCGAAUUCGAACACAUCCCCCUGACGCAGGGAUACACCACGCACCUUGACCGCGUGAUCCACUGGGCGAGAAACCCGGCGCUCGGGAUCCUCCCGCGGCUCUCGCACGUCUCCCUCCGCGACGGACCGGCAUGGUGGGAUGAAGGCGCCACCAACGCCGUGCCCCUGAGGCGAUUGCUGCCCUACCUACGCAUCCCAUCUCUCCGCAGCCUCUACAUCCGCAACCCCUGUGACAGCUCCCUGCCCCGUCAACUGCUCCGGGAACAGAUACCAAUACUCUCAUCCCUCACGCACAUCGACCUGCAGGGGCCGUCGGAUGCCCUCUCGAACCUCCCUCAAUUUCUCGAAUGGUGCCCAAACCUCGAGUCCUUCGCCGUGGAGAUGGAUCGAAACUGGACCCGGCGUGGCUGGGUGGAUGUCUCGCAGCUCUACCGUCCGCUCCAAAGGUCGCGAGCCUCCCUUCGCCAUCUCCACGUGGCCUUCGCUGGCGUGGCGCGCGAGGUAGAGCAGGACGCGGAGAGUCCCCGGCCGACCUUCUGUGGCGAUCUCUCGGGAUUUGCGAAUCUUCACACGGUGCAUAUGCGAUGGAGCAGCCUGCUGCCUUUCCACAGCAACCGCGCGCUGGAGCCCGCGAAACCCCUUCGAGCCCUCUUGCCGCCCUCAUUACAGCACCUAUACAUUGAAGAUUGCCUCAUGCAGGCCUCGUGGGCGCUGGCGAGUGAGCUCGAGGACUUACUCCGAUUUCGCCGUGAGGAGUGCGGGCUGCCAGCCCUGCAACGCCUCUUCUGUCAAUUUGUCCCCAAGGAGCGCCUUCACAACCGAGAGGUGGCGGCAUCAUCAACGAAGCAGGAGGCUCCGGAGCUGGACCCUGCCUGGGAAGUCCGACUGCGUAGGAUGCAGGAGGGAUUCAGGGCGCUGGGUGUGUCUCUACGAGUGAUCGGACGCGGAGCAAGCGUGUCCUUUCCUCCGGACCGAGCGCUGAGGCACAAAUGGCCCAUGAGCGAAAAUGGCGAAUACUGGGACGACGAUUAG